UUUACGUUGGUGCCAUGGCGGCCUACGGGGGCAGCUUUGAAAGUGCAAACAACAUCGAGGCUAGAAAAGAAUUUAAACGCAAAGCCAGAGAGGAGAUUCUUCAAAAGGCAAAAAAGAAGUAUGAGGAUGAGGAGAAGAAGAAUGCAGAGAGGAAGGCUCGAGGUGAAGACACCUGGAUGCUGCCGGAGGUGGACCAGCGACUGCAGCAGAUGGGCCAGGAGCAUUCAGUGAAGAGUAAGAGGAAGAAGAAGAAGGAGAAAUCCGAGAAGAAGAAGAAGGAAAAGAAGAAGAAAGUGAGAAAAGAAAAGAGGAGGUCUCAGGAGGAUGCGUCGUCAGACAGCUCGCAGGAUUCUGAGGAAUGGGUGGAAGCCACGCCCCAGACAGGGGGUGUGGACAAAGCUUGGAAGGUCUCUGAGCAGACCACAGCCACAGCCAGCUCUACAAAUAGCAUUCAGAGAGACGAGUGGAUGACCUUUGAUUUCUUGGCUAUGAAAACGACAUCAGUUGCCGAGCGAAGAGCUCAGAAGGAAGUGGAGAAAGAGGCGGAGCGCGAGAGGGAGCAGACCAUCCAACAGGCCGGCCUCCACAGGUUGGAGCUCAACCCCUAUUGGAAGGAUGGCGGGAGCGGACUGCCCCCAGAGGAGAACGCCAGUACCACAACCAAAAAAGCAGCUGUGGUGGAUGACGGGGGGUUGAGCUGGUUGAGGAAGUCCUAUCAGAGGAUGAAGGAGCAGGCGGAGAGAGAGAAGUGCAGCCUGGAUGCUGUGGUGGCAGAGAGAUAUGGGUCCAUGGAGCUUUUCCAGAAGAGACUGCGAGAAGCAGAGGCAGCUGCCAUCACACAGACGAGACGUGACAGGGAGCAGGAGAGAGAGAGAGGAAGAAGAGGAGAGGGGGAUGAACGGAGAGAGAGAGGGAGGAGAGAGGCAAACAGGGCCACAGAACUCAGCCGACAGCGGGAUAGUGAGCGAGACCAGGACCGGGACAGACCACGAGACGGAUACAGAGACCGGGAGAGGGAAAGGUGGCCGCACGCUGACCAGCGGGGUAGGGAGGGGAACAGAGAGGCACGGGCAUCAAGAGACGGCCUGGCUCGGCUCCCUGGAGCUGAACCUCAGCCCCAGAGAGUGCACACCCAAAGGGACCCAGCGCGAGAUCUAGCCACCCUCGAAGGGCGCUUCCUCAAGCCCUCGGACACUGAUGACGACCUACGGCCAGUAGCCGGUUGGCGGAAGGCAGGAGAGACGACGCUGUCGUCCGGUCCGAGUUUGGGGCGGUUCCUGAAACCUGGAGAUGAGGAAGAUGAUACUCCAGCGUGGAGGAAGAGUGGCUGCAGGAGAGGGUUGGGGAGGCAGGAGGAGAAUGAGAGCAGGAAGGAGACCUCGGAACAGCCUGCGCCAGCACCGCAACAGAGCGCAGCCCUACGGGAUAAGAGCAGCUCAGAGAGUGAGGAAGAUGAUGGUGAAGAGGAAGUGGAGGUGCCGCUCCUGACGGACGAGGAAAUGAACAAACUCGGGGCCAAACUGGUCAAGGCUGAGCUCAUGGGAAAUGUGGCGCUGGUGAGCUCUCUGAAGGCUCAGCUGGAAGGCGCCCGGAAGGCGAGAGAGGUUCAGAGACAUGCUGCCCGGCCGGUUUCACAGGCGUCUGCACAGGAGCAGGCAGAGCAGGAAGUGGUUUUGUUCAGAACUGACCAUUCGGGAAGAGCUUGGCCGGUUAGUGGCCCCUCCCAACACCUGGAGCCAAGAGGAGGGAGGCGGAAGAAGAAAGCGAUUGAGACACAUGAAGCUGGUGAGCGGGUUCGGUACUUUGAGGAUGAUGAUGGUAUGGACUUAAGGGAGAUGGUUCGUCGGGAGAAGAUGAGCUCAGCGCAAGACCAAAAUGCCCUGUAUUCACGCAUGGCUGCUAGGAUGAUGGGCAAGCAGGACGGCGAGAACUACACGCUGGACGACAUGUUCGUGUCGAGCGCGGCUCAGAGGGAGAGGGCGGGGCUUGACGAGGCCCGCCAGCGGAGCAGGGCCAUGGAGGAGGCGCGGCGGCUCGCCGGCCAGAUGGACAAAUGCCCCUACUGCUUCAGCAGCUCCGAGCUGCCCAAACACCUGGUGGUGGCCAUCGGAGCCAAGGUGUAUCUGUGUCUUCCGAACAGCGUGUCUCUUACAGAGGGGCACUGUCUUAUUGCUCCUCUACAUCACCACUGCUGCUCCACUGGCCUGGACGAGGAUGUGUGGAAUGAAAUACAGCUGUUCCGGCGAGCACUGGUGCGGAUGUUCCAAGCUCAGGAUCAGGACUGUGUGUUUUUGGAAAUGCACACGAACCCAAAAAGGCGCAUGCACAUGCUGUAUGAGUGUGUGCCUCUGCCACGUGAACUCGGUGAUAUGGCACCAAUCUACUUCAAGAAAGCCAUCAUGGAGGCUGACGAGGAGUGGGCUAUGAAUCAGAAGCUGGUGGAUUUGUCAUCCAAGAACAUCAGACAGGCUGUUCCGCAGGGAUUGCCGUUUUUCUCUGUCAAUUUUGGCUUGCAGGGAGGAUUUGCCCACGUCAUCGAGAAUGAGCACAAAUUUCCACCCUAUUUUGGGAAAGAAGUUCUGGGUGGGAUGUUGGAUUUGGAGCCUCGGCGGUGGCGGAAACCGAUCCGCGAGAAUUUCGACGACCAGCGCAAAAAAGUCCUCCAGUUCUCUCAGUGGUGGAAGCCCUUUGACUGCACCAAACCUGACAGCUAGGCACUCCAACCUCGGCCAAAGGAUGAGCCUCUAUUAAUCGCUGGAGCGUGAUUAGGCUCAAAGCUGAGACCAAUGAGUGCUUGUGAUUUGUCAGCCCCUCCUUCACAUUUGUGAUGUCAUUAUUAUACAGCAUCCUGUACAUGCAUUAUUCAGUUUGUAGAGGGUACGGCGGGACUUUAUUAUUGUCAUGAUGCUUUUCUAGACACGAUGCAAUGCCAGUUUUCUAGACUGGAAACAAGAUUUUCUUGCCUCCUCUCUGAACCUCCGAGCUGUACGUGAACCCCUGUCUGGGCUGCUAUGGUCAGUCUCAAGGUGUUGGGCGUUUUUUUUUUUUUUUGGCAAAUGCAUAUUUCAACACAUUGCUUUGCCCUCUGUCAUGUCUCACUCUGGCUGGGUAAGUGGGGGAAUCAUUAACAGGGGCUAAUGCUUUUAAGGAAUAUUUUUUGUUAAAGUGAACCAAUGUGGGCAAAUUGAAUAUACAAAAUAAACAGUCUGUUCUUGAAGAGAAAUAUA